AUUCGUUCGAAGCAGCAACAAUCGUUUGCUUGUUCAACAACGUCGACGCUUCGCACAACGCCAGUGAAAUCUCUCACUCGAAAUUAAACCGAGAAUAAAUCAGUUUCUAUAGAUCAACAGCAUAUCUUAUCUUGGCCGAUAUUUGUGUUUGACUCACAAAUCACCCCUCCAUUUCACCCCGCGAAUCGCAGACAUCCCACCCCGGCUUCACUACCUAGCUACGACAACCGGCGACUGUGACUCCGACCGAUACACCUCCUAGUAGAUAUGGCCCCUCUUUCUACAGGCUACGCGCCUGAUCUCGAGAAAUAUCUCAGGUCUCUCAAGGGUCAAGCACUGGAAUCGUCUGUUGAGAGCCUCAUCUGUCUCCUCAAGCGACGACAAAUCAAGGGCUCUGAGCCCUGCGCCGUCGCUACAGCUCACAUUCUACUCCAAGUCGUCGCCCGAUCGAAAUGGUUCAACGUUGACAGCUUGAUCGACAACGUCUCGCGUAUUGGUCGUCGCCUGGUCGAGGCUCAGCCCAAAGAGCUCGUUAUUGCCAACAUUGUGCGCCGAGUCCUAGGCCUCAUUCGCGACGAAGCUGCCGAGGAUAGAAAUGAGGGUGCGAGUGAAACCCCUAGUGACGCCCAGAUCACACCAACCGAUGCUGUCCCGAACCCAGAUGCCCUUUCUCACCAAUGGCCUCCUUCGACAUAUGGCAAGCAAGAUUCUGCCGGAGACUAUAUCACCAACAGCGCCAAACCUCCUCCCGCUCGGCCUGGUCCACUAUCCUCCUACAGCUCAGUCAACGUGCCUAAGACUCUCUUUCACCUCCUCUCAGUGUCUACACCCGGCGAGCUCGCGCCCAGCAGCCAGGGAUCGCCCCUAGGUCUUUCAGGGGCAUCAACUCCUUCAUGGAGAGCUCCUUCGGCUCAGGUUCAUGCUUUGAGAUCAGAGGUCAUCGACGGUAUUGAAGAGAUCAAGGAUGAGAUCAGCUCUGUGGACGAUCAAAUCGCGGCCUUGGCUGACGUUCAGAUUCACCCUGGCGACUACGUGCUCAUCCAUCAGCCCUCACCUACAGUCGAGCGAUUCAUUCUUCGCGCAGCUUUGAAGCGCCGAUUCACAGUUCUCAUCGCGACCGAGCCACCAAAAAAACAGUCCCCAGAAGUCCCCCAUGCCUCGUUCCGUAAGAAGCUCGCUUCCGCUGGUAUUACAGUGAUCAACAUCAUGAAUGGAGGGUUGAUGGCAUACAUGUCCCGAGUGGACAAGGUCAUUCUGGGGGCGCACUCGAUUGUCGCCAGCGGUGGUGUUAUGGCCGAUGCGGGUGCUGCAGCCAUUGCUCGAGCCGCAAAAGAGCGAGGACGUGCUGUUAUUGUCCUCGGCGGCGUGUACAAACUCAGCCCUGUGAACCCUUUCAGCGGAGAGCUUUUGAUUGAGUGGGGAGACUCUGCCAGCUUUGUCAACUUUGCGGAUGGACACAUGGUGAACAGCGUCGAGGUUCGGACUGCCCUCAAUGAGAUGGUCCCUCCAGAGUUGAUCGACAUAUACAUCACCAAUUUGGGAACACACUCAAGAGAUCACUUGUCCAGUCUCAUCGCAGAUCAUUACAAGACGGAGGAUGUCGAUUUUUUCCUUAACGAAGAAUGAUGGAGGAAUACAAAAAAUCAAAGGAAAAGAAAACGUCGCAAAAGUUGUGCCAUUCAUUCAUUUCUCGGCGUUGAGCGAGACAGGGUUUCCACUAUCCGUUCAAGGAGUGAAGGUACCAUAGAAUUUGCUUGAUAGCACAUAUCACCAGCGUUUAAAAUUUCAACCAUAUUGGGUUGAGAUCAGCCUCACACAAAUCAUCAGAUUACACCGCAACCGUAUGCAUCGUAUCGAGUCGUAUGCGGUGUAUGAAAGCAAUGACGACGACGGCCCAAGUCAAGC